UUUUCUUGAAUGAGAAGCUUAAUUUUAUAGGCGGUAGAUGACGCUAGAUUCUGUGCUACAUAAUUUCGCGCCAUCUAUUAUUCGAAUGUCUAAUGUUGUUAGUCUGUUUUUAAUGGCGGCUGCGGGGGAAUUUCAGCCCGUUAGGGAUGACACAACAGGUGAUUUAUUCUUACCCGCAUCACGACGGCCCGAUGGCACUUGGAGGAAACCGAGAAGGGUGAAGGAAGGUUAUGUCCCACAAGAAGAAGUCCCUGUCUAUGAAAGUAAGGGGAAACAAUGGGCUAAAUCCCAACCUACCUAUCCUGUGGGUAUGAGUCCUGCACUGAUUGCUGCCCAAGCAGCACAGAAUAAAUCUGGGAAAAGUGAACAACCUUUAAUACCAGGACUACCUCCAGCAGCCCAGCAGGCUGCCAAGAAAAAAAAAAAGAAAGCUAAACCAGAGACAGAAAUCAAAGAGGUAACAGGAAAACUUGCAGGUUUUACCAUCCAGGAACCAAACUUUGGUGUCCCAGCUCCUACUCGUGCACCUAAAGAGCCUAAACCUACUAUAGCCGAAACCACCUCAGAACCACCUAGUACUGCAGAUCCAGCCAAGAGGCUGAAAAACCUUAAGAAAAAGCUUAAGGAAAUCGAAGCCCUUGAAGCCAAAAUUAAAAGUGGUGAAUUGAAAAAUCCUGACAAAGACCAGACAGAGAAAAUCAAGCGAAAAAAGGAUGUUGUUAAAGAAAUUAAGGAAACCGAAAAACUAAUAAAGUGAUGUUCGAUAUUGGACAUGGCAAUUCUCAAGACACCUUUGUGCAAAGCCAAUUGUUGAUCAUUUUAUUAACAAGAAAUACACAAACACAACUCAAG